AUGACUGCUUGCAAAACGUGCUUAGAUCUCAAUUGGGAGCUAGAAGGUGGGAAAUAUAAAUGGACGUUACAUGUCGCUCCUGAAAUGACUGUGGAAUAUCACCUACAUUUUGAGUCAUCUAUGCUCAAAGAGAGUGUCAGUUCAGGCUGUGUCAUUUGUCGCAUCAUCAUGAGAGGUUUACAGAUAAUGAUUAAGAGUGUCCUGAAGCUAGAUGUUCCAGAAUUGUAUGAAGGAGAACUUGUAUUCCAUCGUACAUUCCCCUUGGAGCUACAGUUGGAGCACCCAAAGAUAGGCACACCUAUUCGCUUCCAGUAUUAUACAUUAGCUAAGGGUCAGCCUCGGUAUUGGCCAAUAAUUGACACCGCUUGCGACGUGCCAUCUGAUAUUUCAAGUCGAAGUUGUGUAGCCACUGUCCAAAACUGGCUUUCGAUAUGUGAUUCCAAGCAUCGAGCAUGCUCAACUGCCAGAUUAUCAGCUUCAUUCAUACCUUCUCGAAUUCUGGAUCUUAAUGCUCCUGUAUUUCCAUCCAUUGUUUUGAUGGAUACCAGAGACCAGACCUUUGAUCAAACCACAGCAAAGCUUAAAUACGGCACUCUCAGCCAUUGUUGGGGAUUGGUUCAUGUGGUCACUACAAGAAAAGAAACACUAAUGUCCCAUAAAGAGAGGAUCGAAUGGAGCAACCUUCCAAAGACCUUCCAAGACGCAAUCGAGAUAUUCAGGGAAUUACGUGUCCGUUACAUAUGGAUAGAUAGCCUUUGCAUUGUGCAAAACGACACUGAUGACUGGGAGAAAGAGGCUGUGCUCAUGGCCGAUAUCUAUACCAACAGCUAUCUAAAUAUUGCCGCAACAGCAGCUAAGGAUAGUACAGCGGGUUGUUUCAAUGAUCGUGAAAUCAAAUAUUUCUUCGGAGGUGUCUCCAUAAGCUCCUUUCAGAUACCUCAUGAUGGUCAUGAUAUUUCAAAGGUCUUUGUUAGGCCAUCUUUCGAGCCAAUUCACCGCCGGUUUACUACCAGUGGGAAAUGA